UGACGCCCCUGAUCUGAGUCGUAACUUCCUUGUUUUUGUCGGAACCUUUGAACUGAAACCAUUUCUCGAAUAUACGAUCAAAACACACGGGGAACGAAAUGCGUUUAACCAGGUCUGUCGUCUACAGGCGGAGAGGCCAAGGCUGUAUACCCUAGGAGCUCCUAAUUCCGGAUCGUUCCAUCGGUGUCUCUUGUAUAUGUGAAUCAUGAUGCUGUGCUGGGGAAGCUGCUCUUGGGGUCAGCUGGGAAUCGGCGUGUCGGAGGUGACUGUUGCCGAGCCGAGGAGCUGUUGCAUGUUCGACGGGAGGGGUCUUAAAGAAGUUGCGUGCGGAACCCACCACUCGGUCUUCCUGUUGCAUGACGGGAGUGUGUACACGUGUGGCUCUAACAGUCACGGUCAGCUGGGCCAUGAAAAAGGAGGAUCCAGACCAGAGCUGGUUGGAUCUCUGGAUGCCCAGAAGAUAGCUGGAGUGGCGAGUGGUCAGACUCAUUCUCUGGCUGUGAAUGAGCAGGGUCAGGUGUUUGCCUGGGGCUCCGGUAAAGGAGGACAGCUCGGUCUGGGUACAGCCGAGGAGGCGGUUCGUGUGCCCAGGUUGAUCAAAAAGUUGGGCGAACAUCGAAUCUCACAAGUUAUGUGCGGCAACCAACAUUGUAUAGCACUUUCAAAAGACGGUCAGGUAUUCGUGUGGGGUGAGAACGCCAGUGGUCAGCUGGGUUUAGGGAAGGGAGAGCCGAGCACUCGGUCCCCCCAGCCUCUCAAAUCUUUGGGUGGGAUUCCACUGGCUCAGAUCAGCGCUGGAGGAGAUCACAGCUUCGCUCUGUCCCUCUCUGGAGCCGUUUUCGGCUGGGGAAGGAACAGCGCCGGGCAGCUGGGACUCGAUGAUGAACUAGAUCGGGCUGUUCCCUGCCAUAUAAAGUUUCUGAGGUCACAGAAAGUCGUCUUCAUCAGCUGUGGAGAGGAACAUACCGCUGCAUUAACUAAGGACGGAGGUCUGUUCACAUUUGGAAACGGUUCGAGAGGACAGCUGGGCCACGACUCCACACACAGUGAGCCUCUUCCACGCCGAGUCAUGGAGCUCAUGGGUACUGAGGUGUCUCAGAUCGCCUGUGGACGGCAUCACACCCUGGCUUUCGUGCCCUCCACAGGUCUGCUGUACGCAUUCGGCUGCAACGCCCAGGGGCAGCUGGGGACCGGCCUCAAAGGAAACUCCAAGAGCCCACUUCCUGUCCGCAACAACCAUCCCCUGUGCACUGGAAAUACACACACAAAAGCAGAGCGCUACAACAUCAGUAAAAUUCACAGCGGGGGCGAUCACAAUUUCCUCUUGUUGUCUAACAAGGAGAGAACGUGUUGUCCCGAGGAUUUUCGCAUUAUGAAUACCACCAAGAGCAUCACGGUGAUUAAUUCUGAGAGUCUGGACAGCUGGAGGAUAAAACUCCACGACAACUGCGAUUCAAGCAUCACAAAUGACAUCAUAGUCCUGUUGUCCUCGACCGCUUGUUGGAACGCCAGCUUCUUGGACCAAAGUGAUGAUGGCCAUUUCAAAACCAACCCUAAAGUCCCUGGCAUCGACUUCGAUGCAGUCCGACUGCUGUUUGAAACUCUCAUGAAACCGACCUUCUCGAGACUUCUGGAGCAGGUUACGAAGAGUUUCGAGAGUUUGUUGAUCCCUCAGCUGCCCUGCUCUCCUCCGGACGUGGAGGCCAUGAGGAUCUACCUGAUCCUGUCGGAAUGUCCCGCACUCAAAGACUCCAAAAACUACAUCUCUCUCACCAUCCCUCUCGCCAUGGCCAUCCUCCGACUGGACGCCAACCCUAGCAAAGUGCUCGAUAACUGGUGGUCUCUGAUGGAUUGUGAAGUGUUCUCCAGGUUAGUGGAGAUGUAUAAAAGCAUCGUGGUAUUUCUGUUGGCUGGUGGGAGAGCGCUCCUGAUGCCCGUGUUUCUGGAGAGCUACAUCAGCGCUGCGUUACAACUGCUGGAGAAACUGCACAAGGUCAACUUGAAAUCCCGUCGUGUUGAAUACAACCACUUCUACAUCCCUGACAUCGCCAGCCUGGUGGACAUCCAGGAAGACUACCUCAAAUGGUUUCUACGUAAAGCCGAUAUUAAAAUGCGAUACCCUCCGGUGCAGAGUUCUGUCACAUUAUGUGCCUAUCCGUUCUUAUUGAACGCUCAAGCCAAGACAACCGUGCUGCAGACGGAUGCCGAGCUCCAGAUGCAGAUGGCAGUAAGCGGCGCUAACUUGCACAACGUCUUCAUGCUCUUGACCAUGGAACCGUUGCUGGCCAGGAAUCCUUUUCUUGUGCUUCACGUGCGCAGGAAUCAUUUAGUCAGCGACGCUCUGCGGGAGCUCACCGUCUACAACGAUAUAGACCUGAAAAAGCCUCUCAAGGUCAUCUUUGAUGGAGAGGAAGCUGUAGAUGCUGGAGGAGUAACUAAGGAGUUCUUCCUGCUCCUUCUAAAAGAGCUGAUGGAUCCCAUCUAUGGCAUGUUCACGCAGUACACCGACUCCAAUCUGCUCUGGUUCUCUGAAAAAUGUUUUGUGGAGCACAAUUGGUUUCACCUCAUUGGAAUCAUUUGUGGUUUGGCCAUCUAUAACUCCACUGUGGUGGACCUCCACUUUCCUCUGGUGCUCUACAAGAAGCUUCUGAAUGUUUCGCCGACGCUUGAUGACCUAAAAGAGCUUUCUCCUACGGAGGGCAGGAGUCUUCAGCAGUUGCUGGACUUUGAUGGCGAUGUUGAGGAGACCUUCUGUCUGAACUUUACAAUUACAAGGAAGUAUUAUGGGAUCACAGAGGUUAAAGAGCUGGUGCAGGGAGGAAAGACUAUCGCUGUGGACAAAACAAACAGGAAGGAGUUUGUUCAGGCGUAUCUGCAGUAUGUAUUCACCGAUCCGGUACAGGAGCAGUAUUCCGCCUUCUCUAGCGGUUUCCUGAAGGUCUGUGGUGGAGAGAUUCUCUCUCUCUUCCAGCCCUCUGAACUCAUGGCCAUGGUGGUCGGCAACAACAACUACAACUGGGAGGAGAUGGAAAAGAAUGCAACUUACAAGGGCGAGUUCUCUGCCUCCCACCCAACGGUCGGAAUGUUCUGGGAGGUGUUUCAUGAGUUUCCGCUGGAGAAAAAGAAGCAGUUCUUAUUGUUCCUGACAGGCAGUGACCGCAUCCCCAUCCACGGCAUGGCUAGUCUACGUAUAGUCCUCCAGUCCACCGCUGCUGAAGAGCACUAUCUGCCCGUGGCUCACACCUGCUAUAACAUGCUGGACAUGCCCUGCUACCAGACCAAAGAGACCCUGCGCCAGCGUCUCACGCAGGCAGUGGAGCAGUAUGAGGGCUUCAGUCUGGUCUGAACUGGACUAGGGGAAUGGUCUGGAAGUCGGCCAGAGAGGUUGCUUGCCAUAUGCUGGAACUGCACUUUAAUCCUUUGGAGAUACGGAAGAAACGCUACUCUCGUAUUUAGCGCAGACGAGCACAUACCGAAUAUGAUUUGAGUAAAUCUGUUAUUUUUCUAUUUUUACAGAGUGACUUGCUGAUUUGGUUGCACAAUGUUUCUUUCACUCUUGUUUUUUGGCGCGGGGGGGUGGGUGGUAAAGUUUCUAUUUUUUAAAUAAUGACAAACUAAUAUCGAAGAUUAGGAUGGCAUAGUGUGUAAAAUAAAUAUUCCAUUUUCUGUAUGUUUUUCAAAUAUAUUGAAUUUAUUGUGUAAAUUCAUUUUAUUUAGACUGUUUUGGAACAAAUCUGGUCGUUGAAACACAAAAUGGCCUCCUUUCAUCAUUACUACCAGAAAAGGAAAGUUCACCCAAAAAUGAAAAUGAUUUAUUCACCCUCACGUCUUCUGCUAAACACAGAAGAAGAUAAGAACGUUCGACAACACCCGCCCCCAUUGUCUUCCAUUGUAUUCCAUGUGUGACAAAACCACAUUUCUCAAAUAACAGUGUCUUCUUUUGUGUUACACAUGUGAAAGAAAGUCCUAAACGUUUUAAAUGAUGCUAGGGUGAAUAUUUAUUUUUUGGGUGAGCUAACCCUUUAAAGGCCUAGAAAGAUAGGCUGUCACCACAACCUUCACCUUGGGGUUUUGUCCGAGAUCAAGAUUGGAGAAAAAACAGAACCCCACCAGACAAAAACAAGGAUCACUUUUGUUCUGUGUUUUGUGCACAGUUUGGACAGAUUAUGCAGUUUCAUAUCUCUAGAAUCCAUUUUUCGUUUUUCCUUUCCUUUGUACAUAAAUCAUUACACAACGUGACUAUGCCACGCCGCAGGUGGAUGCUGCUUUUAAAAAAAAUAUAUAUUUGCAUCUUUUGCAGUUUUUCGUGAAAGCUUUCAGUUGAGAUAAUGUUGAGAGGUGUGAAAUCAGCAAUAACUACUGGUUGACAUUUGCGUGCGUUUCAUGGGAUUUAUUUAUGGCUAUCUGCAUUUUAAUCCAACAAAUGUGAAUAAACUAAUAAUCACAUUAUUUUUUACAUUCAAUCUAUCAGUUUUCAGUUAAAUUGAUCACGUUCUCUCUCAGAAAGGUUGAUUUGCUUUUUCUUUCUGAAGAAGUUUGACUGUUGGUUUGCUUGGGGGAAAAUAUCAAAGUGACUUUGUUACAGUUCCUCAGUAGUUCUUGAUGUGUUCAAAGACAAAGAGAAUGAAACGUGUCUGUAAGGGACCACAGUGAUGUGUUUGCUGUGGUGAGCCAUGUUGUUUCGCAUCUAGCUGCAUGAGACGUGUUUGUUUGUAUGAUGGAAAGUCACAUACACACACACACACACACACAAGAGUUUUUAUCCAACUUAUUCCUUUCUGUCAAUGUAUGCAAACAAGGGCUUCUUAGUGGCUAAAGAUGCGUUGUUAUUUUAGUAAAGUAUAUUUACUUUUAUAGCUUUCAAAUGAAAUAUAUUGUUUUAUCUAUUUUUGUUCCAGAAUAAUAAAAUUAUAAUUUCGCCUCA